GUUAUAAACGAUUAGAUGGCGGAGUUGAAUUCUGAUUCGGAAAGCUCUCAUAGUUCGCAAUGUGAUUCGGAGUAUGAUUAUAUUCCCGGUUAUGUCAUCGAAGAUGAAACAAAGAACAUUAAUGACCAGGAAUAUAAUAAAAUAAAUGAAAAUUACGGCGAGUCCGAGUCCUAUCUAUACGCUGAUGAACCAAUGGCCGAACAAGCAUGGUAUGAAGACUACGUGGAAAAGUCAAAUGAACAUAAAAAGCAACUUGAAAUGCUACAAAAAAGACUUGAUCACACAGUUGAGUUGAGUUCUUGGUGCAAGUGUAGUUUUUGUCAAGUUACACUUCUUCAGAAUCCUCUAGAGGCCUGGUGCUGCCAAGAACUUAAGUCUGUAGCUGAAAGCUUGACUCACCAGUCGGUUCUGGCAGAUAUGUCAACUAUUCCAUGUUGUGUGGAAUAUAGAGGGUACGAAGAAAAUAAAAUAAAUGAGUGA